CCAGCCGGAGUGAGUCUCAGGAAGGCGCUGCGUUUGGACUGUUACGGAAGGAGCAGGCGACAUGUUCCGUCCCGACACCAGAGGGAUUUUUCUUCCUCUGUGUCUGACUCGAGUGGCUUUGUCGCUUCUGCACCCGGAGUGUGAAUUCUACUUUCAGCUGGAGAAAGAGGAGCGACUCUGCCUGCAGUACAUCGCCGAGCAGGAAAACAGAAGCACAGAAGGUUGCAGACCAUUAUGGGAUGAAGUUGUCUGCUGGCCUCAAGCUGUCACCGGUGAAACUGUGCAAAGAGGUUGUCCUGCAGUCUUUUCCCUGUUCAGAAACAACACAGGGUCGGUGAGCCGAAACUGCACGAGCCGCGGCUGGUCAGAACCUUUUCCAGCGUACCACAUUGCCUGCACUGUGGAUGAUGACAUUCCUGAGACGGAGCAGUCUUAUUUUGCCACUGUGAAGCUGAUAUACACCAUCGGCUACAGCGUCUCUCUGGGGGUGCUGGCUGUGGCUGUCUUCAUUCUGCUGAUGUUCAGGAGGCUGAGAUGUGCCAGGAACUUCAUUCACAUCCAGCUCUUUCUCUCUUUCAUCCUGAAGUCUGUGGCCGUCUUCAUAAAGGAUGCUAAUCUGUUUCCAAGUUAUGACACCAACCACUGCACCUUGUCCACGUUUGCCUGCAAGGCUUCUGUGGUUUUCUGCCACUACUGUAUGAUGACUAAUUUCUUUUGGCUGCUGGUAGAGGCGCUCUACCUCAAUUCCCUGCUGCUCUCAUCUUUAUACCACAGCCGCCGCUGCCUUUGGGGCCUCAGUAUUCUGGGAUGGGGUGUGCCUGUUGUCUUUAUACUUCUGUGGAUUGGAUCCAGGGUUUAUUUUGAGGACACAGAAUGUUGGGACAACAUCAAGGACUCUCCUUACUGGUGGAUCAUUCAGGGACCAAUUGUUGUCUCUAUAGCGGUCAAUUUUAUGCUUUUCGUGAACAUCAUCAGAAUCCUCAUUCAGAAGCUAAAUCCUCGGCUGAUCCAGUUCAAUAACUCCUCUCAAUACAGGCGCCUGGCCAAGUCCACCCUCCUCCUCAUCCCUCUGUUUGGGACCCAUUACAUGUUCUCCAGCUUUCUGCCUGACUCCUUAAACAACCUGCGCUUCUAUAUCGAGCUCUGCCUGGGAUCUUUUCAGGGACUUCUUGUUGCUGUCCUCUAUUGCUUUCUCAAUCAAGAGGUGCAGAAAGAGAUCCACAUGCAGUGGCUGAGGUGGCAAGAGAGGAGCUACGGCGUGGUGUCGCCCGCGGCAAAGGGGAGCCAGAUGGACACUCCCUUCUGAUAUCUCUCUGGUGUGAUAGCCGAAUGUUCAAACAGGACUGUUUCUGUGCAUAUUGUAUCUGUCCAAUAGGCUGUAGUGCACGCACAGUGAUUGUUUUUGAUUCCUCAGCGAGUUCUCUAAGUUUGUCCAAACCGCGUGCCAGAUGCUCUCUGUUCUUCAGCCAAAACGGAGAGAAUCUGAAAUCAACUAAAAUUUCAACACAUGCUCACAUUUCACACUACAGUGCCGGAUAGUUCUUGCUUACAUCUCCCAACCACAUACUAAUCCCAUGAAAAGAGCAGCUUUCUGCCUCAGAGCCAUCAUUCAAUAAUUAAUGACUCGAUAAUUUCAGCUAGCUGAAAGAUCGACUUAACAAUUAUAGAGCCUUCAUUUAAAAAAUAAAAUUCUGAUAGGGGGUUUAUUUUAAUCAAGAAAACAAUGUUUCCUAAUUUACAUUUUAAUGUAAACAUGAUGUUGAGUCUGGCCUGUUCAAAUCAGUGUCAGCUUUUGAUUUUGGUGAGAGAGCAUUGCAUGUGCAUUGAAAAUGUACCUAUAUUUGAACAUUUUACAUUGUUUUAACUCUCAUGCUCCUUGCUUGCUGUGAAUCAAACUGAGCCCACGAACAGUGAGGCACAAGAAACCUCAAGACUUCUUCUGCUUUCUUCAGCUGGAUUGGGUUUUCCCACGGUGCUAUUCAUACCAGAAACGCCAUGGAUUAAAGUUUUUGUUCAUUUUUCAUUUGCAUUUGUAUCCUAAUUCCCGUCUCUAUAUGGUUUUUACUUGGAGGUGUAGUUAUGCUUUUUUUAAAUCAUUUUAUUAUUUAUUUAUUUAUUUAUCUUGUUUAUUAAUUUAUUUGUAUUAAACUCAGUAUCUACUAUUAACUCACAUUCAGCAUUGUGUUUGUUGUUGUAAAAAAAUAUGUAAAAGUGGAUUUUAAUGGUAUGAUACAAUAAAUAAGCCUGACAUUGUUCUGUUUUAUUUUUCAAUCAAAGCACUUGUGCAAAAUUUGCCUGCAUAAAGGCAAAAGUGCAGACCUACAGGUCUGCACUCUUUGUGAUCUUUAUGUCACAGUGAAGAUUAGUGUCAUGUAAGAGCAUUGUCUUGCCUUAAACUGAAUGUAAAAUCUGUCGUAGUUUGUGCCAGUUGUUAUUGAGUGUCCAUCCAUAAUGGAUUUUGAUGUUGCUGCCUUGUCCUGUCAUCACCCUGUGGUAUUUCCUGUGAGUUCAAGCAUCGACUUUUGUCCUCAGUAGCCUCUUUUAGGAAGGACAAUACAUUUCACCUGGCAGCUGGGAAUGUUGAAACACUGAAAAUUAAUGUCUCACUGUUACUAACUGUGAUUUAAGCUACACGUGACUUUUAGGACAGAAGUGAAUUUCUUAACGUUCUCAUUCAGAAAAUGAGUGUGAAACAAUGUUUGGAGUUGUUCUGUUUGCGUCACACAAAUAAACAUAAUA